AUGUCGGCCGCUGCUGAGACCGCGCCGCUGGCGAGGUGCGCACGAGGGCAGAGAGGCUGGUACACGAGCGAAGCGCAGCACGAGAACUCCGAAGCGUCUAAGGAGAUUAAGGCGGCCCAGCAGCAACUGCGUGGGGCCUCAAAGAACAGCGCCUGCGAGGCGACCCUGAAGGCGAUGCUCAAGGCGGCGCGGAAGAAGCGCAGCAUCGCGAGGUGGAGUGCACUGGAAACGUUCUUCGAGGGCUAUGUACGGCAGCUCGAGAAGAAGAGCCGCGAGGGGGAUCAGGCGGGUUUCUACAGGCACCUGAAGAUGAUCGACGUCGAAGGUAAGAGAUCGUUCACCUCUCAGAACAUCAAGGACGAGGACGGCAAGGUCCUUCGGGACCCCACGUUUAUUCGCCAACGGUGGACACGGUGGUUCCACAAGCUUCUCAACACCAAGUCGCCGACCAUCGACCUGCAUGCGGCUGACAAGGUCAAGUGGUGGCCCACGUGCGUGCCACUCGACGACAUCCCAUCUCUACUUGAGGUUGAGGAAGCGGUACGGGAAAUGGCCAACAGAAAGGCCGUCGGGCCGGACGACCUACCGGCUGAGCUGAUCAAGCUUUUCCUGGACGGAGAUCAAGGUCUCCUCCGCGAAUUCCACGCCAUUGUCGUGGACGUGUGGCAGACUGGGGACGUACCACAGCAGUGGAAGGAUGCCACCAUCAAAGUGCUGUUCAAGAAGGGGGACACGAUGGAGUGCGGCAACUACCGGGGCAUCUCGCUCGUCGCACACGCCGGCAAGGUGCUGCUUAAGGUCGUCGCUACACGACUGAGCCACUACUGCGAGCGAGAGGGCAUCCUCCCGGAGGAACAGAGCGGUUUCCGCCCACACCGGUCGACGCUCGACAUGCUGUUCGCCAUCCAGCGGCUCCAUGAGCUCGCGAGGAAGAAGAGUACUGCGGUGUUCGCGUGCUUCGUCGACCUCACCAAGGCAUACGAUUCGGUGGACCGAGACCUACUGUGGGACGUGCUCCGACGCUUCGGCGUGCCCCCGAAGAUGCUGGCGGUCAUUCGCCACUUCCACGAGGGCAUGAGGGCGCGCGUCCGAACGGACGACGGGCAGUACUCGGAAUGGUUCGACGUGGGCCAAGGCCUCCGACAGGGAUGCAACCUGGCCCCGCUGCUGUUCAACUUGUUCUUUGCCGCGAUGCUCAUGGUCGCCGUGGCCGAGUUCGACAAGGACCCCAAGGUGACGGCGGACAUGGUCAAGAUCGGGACACAAGUGGAGUACACGGGCAAGAAGGGCAGGUCGGCGGGGAGGAAGACGACGGUGGUGACGGACGCGGAGGCCUUGUGGGCCAUGCUCUACGCUGACGACGCGGCCAUCGUCUCGCGCUCGCCGGAGAGUCUCGAGAAGAUGAUGUCGGUCAUCGUGCGCGUGGCCGGCCUGUUCGGACUGAUGGUGUCGGAGCCAAAGACGGAGAUCAUGUGCAUGCUGCCAAAAGGGAUCGAGGAACACCCGUUCACGGUCAGCGCCGCCGGCCAGACGUACAAGCAGACAGAUCGGUUUGUGUACCUCGGACGUACCAUCUCCGCGGACGGGAAGGCCGACCGGGAGAUCACGAGCCGCAGCUGCCGAGCGUGGAAGUGCUACCGCCGGAACAGUGCUUCGAUGUACGACAGGCGACGGGCCAACCGCCAGCACAAGAUCCGGCUUCUCCAGGCUGAAGUGGUGGAGACUCUCCUGUAUGGGUGCGCCUCGUGGAGCCUAACAGCGGAGCACUACACGAAGCUCAAUGGGACCCACCGCCAGUUCCUCACACGGUGCAUCGGCUGGAGCAAGCGGAAACGCUCCGACCGCCCCCUGUCCUAUGCCCAGGCCCUCAUCCAGGCAGGCUGCGAAGAAACCAUCGAGGUCACCGUGCGCAAACGGAGGCUGUGUUUUCGCGGGCUUUGUUAUGCGCAUGGAGGACAGCCGCCUCCCAAAGCGCAUGCUGUUAGGAACGAUGGCGGGGGGCGUGGANGAUGUAUGUCCUUUUUAUUGCCUUCGGCCUCUGUGCUGUUUCUUUUUUUUUCAUGACCUCCCUGCCUACUCUGCUGUGUUGGGUACCUUGAUCUCGCUUUGCUGUUGCCUUUGUUU